CAUCACUAUCUAUCCUGCACAGUGAUUCUGACUCGGCUUGGAACUGCAAAUAGCAAGCCUACUCCUUCUGUGGCUUGACAUUCUUAAUGCUCAAUAUAAUUAUGGAAAACCAUGAGAGAGAUCUAAACCUUUCAAGGCUGCAGAAACGAUAUCAUGUAGUUCUUAGUCAGGCCGUAUAUUCUCAACAUGAGGAAGAGGUCAGGAAACAGCACAUGGAACAUAUGCUGCUUCAUGUUGAAAUUGAUGAAUUACGGGAAAUGCUGGACAGAUCACAAGAAGAGUUGAACACAAUUGCAGCAGAAGAAUCUGAACUUCAGCUAGAACUCCGCGAAACCUAUGCAAAUCUGCAGGAGUCAAAAAACACUCUCAAGACAUUAGCAGCUGAAAAGGAAAGCCUCCAUAAUGAAAUUGCUCUGCUGAAUGCGCAUGCAGCAGAAGCGAACAAGACACUUGGUGAAAAGAUGCGUCUCUCGAAGGAACUAUUAAAUGCUCAGUCCGAGAUUCAGCGUCUUAAGAGUCAAAAUUCGUCCCACCAAACAAUCCUUAUGGAGAAACAGAAUCUUGAACGGCUGCUGAAUUCAUUGGAAUUAGAGCUGCAAGACCAAAAGCGCACAAAUGAACGUAUACGGAUGCAAGAACAUCCUCAUUCGACCAACAUAACAAAUAUGUCUUUACAGCUUGAAGAAACCCGAAAAAAAUUGGCAGAAGAAGUGCGAUCCAGGAAGAUAGACGAGCAAAACUUUCAAAAUCAGGCUGUUGAAUGGAGUGCCCAGCGAGCAGCCCUAGAGGGUCAGAUCGAGACUUUGAACAUGAAACUGCGUAUUGCGGAGAAGGAGGCUCAUAAGUCUACCCAAAACCUGCAUGGCAAGAAUAAGAGCCCUCAAGCUGAGGGAGCCUACAUCAAUGAGGGCUACACAAAGACUGUGCCUCUCAAACGCCCAGGAGUUCAAGUCAACCAUGGUAUGAGUAUAGCAACUCCGGGGGCUAUUUGUCCUCGCGAGGUCACGAAAAUCACAACAGCUUUGCCCGGCGACAAAUCUGUCUUCUCUAUAACACCUUUCCUAAACCGUACAGGUUGCACCCCGGAUUAUUCACAGUCAUCAGAGAGCGAUGCCGAUGAAAUCAACACUAUCACUAUUGACGAGGCAGAGCAGCCAUCUUCUAGAGUGGGUGGCGGGCAGGCUAAGAAUGAAUCCUUAGGUCCCAGACCUAAAUUUUAUCUUUCUCCCGGUGAAGGCUACAUGCUACAGAAAGGCGAGAAGAAGUCUUCGGUAUCCGCUCGAAUGAGGACAGUUGCAGCAGUAGGCAAAGGGAACUGUACCAAGACGGCAAAUUCGCCAUUUGAUGGAGAUUCAUUCGUGCCCCAUCGUUCGGAGGACUUGACGCCUACCAAUAGGCAAAAGAAAUCCAAGAGACGCAAAUUAGGAGCUCGGCCUGAGCGAAUGCCGGUGCUAGGUGGAGAGAGUGAUGAUGACCUUGGUGAGACAGGAAAGCCGAGCCACAAAUUUUCAAACGGGAAACGCCUUGCAAGUGAUUUCUCCCUCGUCGUGGGUAACCAAAUACUUCAGAAUCAGGUAGCUGGCGGUUUUUCUCCAUUAAAGCGAGAAAAGAAACGGGUAUGAGUAUGUAAUUAACAGGGCUACAAACUAUAAGUAGGCAAAACCUCACUAUGGCUACUGAC